AUGCUGGACCCGGCGCAGCUCCCUCUUCUCCUCCCAGCCCUCUCCGGACAGGCUCCGAAAGCUGUAGCCCCACUCCACGCCGCAAGGGAGCUGGGCGCCUGGCGGCCCUUCACCACUGAGCUGUCCGAGGGCAGCCUAUGCGCAGGCGCCGGCCCACCCCUCGGUGGAGGGGCGGGGUUAGGGGCGGGGCUCGAGCUGCUGCGCCUGCGCCGCCGCUCCGCCCGCCGGCCCCACGCCUUAGGGCUGGCGGAGGGCGGGGAGGGCGGGAGUGGGUCCGCGGGCGGACCAGGGGCGGGGCUGGGGCGGGACCGGGGGGCGCGCUGGGGCGGGGACGGGGGCGGGGGCGGCGCCGGUGCGGGUCCAGGGUCUGGCCCGGGCCGGGGUCGAGAUUAUGGGCGGGCCCACCCCGGAGGGUUUGGGUGCGAGUGUGGCCCUGGCCCUGGGGCGGCGAGGCGGGGUCCUGGAGGUGGGAGACGGGCGCCAGUUGCCGGCACUGCUAUGGCAGACCGGACGGUGGGGCCGAGCUGGGGGAGCGUGGAGCCCCCGUCCCGGGCCUUGAAGACCAAACUGCCGCCGUACCCGCGGUCCUCGGUGUCGAAGCUGGGCCCAGGCCCGGGCCGCGCUCGCCACGUCCGCCGCUCAAGCGCGGUGCGUGUGAAGGGCCGCCGCCUGACGGCCUGGCAGCAGGCCCGGCCGCGGCCAAGACCGCCGCAGUGGGCCCGUACGGCCGGCCCCGGGGCCGAGGCCACGGCGUCGCCCCACGGCUCGGUGGCCUCGUCCCCCAAGUUCCGGAGAUGCGUGGUGAUCGAGCACGAGAGGGUGUGGUACAGCUGGGAGCCGCUGACCGUACGGGGCUACCGCCUGCCCAAGCUCAACGUUAAGCCAGCGGCCCAGCCGGUCGCCCAGCCAGCGGCCCAGCUAGCGGCCCCGCCGCCCUCGCCGGCUUUCCAGGAGCCUGCCGCGGUCCCCGCAGGACGGGAGUCCCUGGGGGCCAAGGGGGGCGAGCAACCACAAGAAAUCAGGGCACCAGCCACUCCGAAGGUGGGGGCUACCGGGGCCGAAGAGGGGCAUACCCCGAAGGCUGUUGCUGCUGGGACCGAAAAGAGGCAGACCCCGAAGGCGGGGGCUGCCGAGGCAGAAGGCGAGCAGACUCCGAAGGCGAGGGCUGCCGGGGCCGAAGAGGGGCAGACCCCGAAGGCGAGGGCUGCCGGGGCCGAAGAGGGGCAGACCCCGAAGGCGGGAGCUGCCAAGGCAGAAGGUGAGCAGACCCCAGGAGCUGAGGGCGAGCAGAUGGCGAGGGCUGCGGCAGAAGGUGAGCAGACCCCAGGAGCUGAGGGCGAGCAGAUGGCGGGGGCUGCCGGGGCAGAAGGGGCAGAAGCCGAGCAGACCCCAGGGGCAGAAGGCGAGCAGAUCUCGGAGACUGGAGAUGCUGGGGCAGAAGGCGAACAGAUCUCGGAGGCUGGAGAUGCUGGGGGAGAAGGCGAACAGAUCUCGGAGGCUGGAGAUGCUGGGGCAGAAGACGAACAAACCCUAGGGGCAGAAGGCGAACAGACCCCAGGGGCAGAAGGCGAACAGAUCUCGGAAGCGGGGACUGUCGAGGCAGAAGUCGAACAGACCCUAGGGGCAGAAGGCGAACAGAUCUCGGAGGCUGGAGAUGCUGGGGCAGAAGGCGAGCAGACCCCAGGGGCAAAAGGCGAACAGAUCUUGGAGGCGGAGGCUGAGGCUGCUGGGGCAGAAGGCGAGCCGACUCCAGGGGCAGAAGGGGAACAGAUCUCAGAGGCGGGGGCUGCCGAGGCAGAAGGCGAGCCGACCCUGGAGGCGGGGGCUGCCGAGGCAGAAGGCGAGCCGACCCUGGAGGCGGGGGCUGCCGAGGCAGAAGGCGAGCCGACCCUGGAGGCGGGGGCUGCCGAGGCAGAAGGCGAGCUGACCCUGGAGGCGGAGGUUGCAGAGGCAGAAGGCGAGCUGACCCUGGAGGCGGAGGUUGCAGAGGCAGAAGGCGAGCAACCUCAGGACCAAGGCCAGGGCCAGUUGCUGGAGAGUGCAGAGGUCGGCAGUCAGGAGGAGAAAGACUCUGAGGGCCAGAAUAAGAUCGAGAUGAGCCAGGAAAGGGCUGAGGAAGGAAAAGUUCCUGAGGAAGGAGGGCAGGACUCAUUUUCUGCUGAAGAAGGUAACCCUUCCGAAAGGACAGAGGCGCAACACUCCGAACUAGGCUUUGACGCCACCGUAGAUAGCACAAGCACCACAGCCCACGAAGAAGAGGUAAUCUAUCUGAACCAGAAAGAGUUCGAGGAAGAAAACCCCGUGAGGAGCGAUGCCCACGAAGUGAUGGAAGGGGAGCAGCCUGGCCAAGGGGCCGAGGAAGAGAAAGAAGCCCCCCGGGGUGGGGAUGUAGGAGGAGAGGGCAAGGAGUCUGAAGGAGGAUAAACGGGAGAGAGAGCCGAUGAGGCAGCUAGUGUCAUGAAGGAAGACGCUGGGCCAGUAAAGGUGGGGGGAAUUUGGACAGAAAGAUUGGACUUGGUAGGGGCUUUGCAAGGGAGGAAGAUGGAAGUGUGGGGGCUCUGGGGCACAUUAUCAGAAAGGAUAUCAAAAAAAGUACUGAUGGACAGUAUGGGCCAAAGUGUGGCCAGCCCUUGCCAAGGGAAUAAUAACAGACUGAGGUGUCCGGAGUUGAUGUGGAUGUAUCUAAGAGCCAUCAAGGAGAAAGACUUUGAAGAACCAGGAGAUGAUAGAAAUGAAAGGGUUGCUGGGUUGGCAGACCCAGGCUGCAGGGAGGCCCCUGGAGUGUCGAGCUUUGCUUUUCUGAUGGGUUUACCAAGUGCCUAAGCCAGCAUCCUACAGUCCAGUGUCCAAAGAUCUGCAGAACUGGCACAGCUAGGAAGGCCACGCAAGGGGAAAGGAGCCUCCAGCCACCCUUCCAAGUCUUGUUUCACGGGACUUGCAGGAGACCAGAUAGAGGAUCCCACGGCAGGUACCGGGAUCCCGCCCACUUUUCUUAAAUUUAA